AUGAUGCGUACCGGAAGGCGUGGUCAACGAACCUGGUGGCGGUGCGUUGUGUGGGUGUGGAUUGCUUGGAUGAUCCUGACAGUCUGGGAGACCACCAGCGCCACCACGACGAGCCGAACAACAUCAACCCCAACAAUAUCAACCCCAACAACGAUAACACCUACAGCAAAGACAUCAAUAAGCAAGACAGUAUCGAGCUUGUCCAACUCGUACCUGCGGGUCAGCAUGACACCCAUGUUAAACGCACCCUCCGCUCACGCCAGUUUAGGGCAAGUGCAAUUAUUUAACGUGGUACGUUUCAAAAAUGCCGGGCCUGCAUCUGCAUCUGCGAAACAGUUCUUUGCGUUCAUCGGUCGCCGGAUGCGCUCACGAUCGUUAUGUUUCUUUUGUUGCCUUCACACACAGCACGAUACCGAGGACGUUUGGAUUCAUUCCAUCCGCAUGGAAACGGAAGAAACGCGCAUGAUGGAAGUCGACGAUGGUGAGGACGCAACCCUCAUUUCAGUGCCAACCCAGUUUCACUUGACACCCUUGCCGGAGUCUCUGUCCCUCGGUCCCGGCCAGUUUGCCUUUUUCCCGGUAACCCUACUGCCACGAUUUCCCUCCGUAAAGGCUCCCUUCCAGGGCAUCUUGGAAGAUAAUAAUAAGUACGAAAUACGAUCUACUUUCGAGGUUGAAACCGAUUGGGGACGUGUGACCAUUCCGGUGCGUGCCACCACCCAGCGAACGAAUUUUUAUGAUGUACCCGAUAUGAUUGUGCUACAGGACCCGAGCGACUGGACGGACAACCACGCACAGCAUACAUUAUCGGAAGAGGAGGAAGAGGAAAACGGCGGUGGCGGGGUUUGGAAAUGGAACGACGUCGCAGGAACGGCGGUUGCGCCGUCCGUCGGCUCGUGUUACGACUUACACAUCAGCGCGGAUCUGGUAGAACGACCCUUACAGGUUACAAAACUCGUUUUGAUCAAGUCACAACGUCUAUCUCUCUCCGUGCGCAAUGCCAGCGCGGAUAGUCAGUCCCGUACUCUAUUGCGCUCCGGCACGCUUCCGUUGCAAGUGCCAGCGUACGGCAACGCACACUACGUCGUCACUGUCUGCGUACACGAGGAACCUAUUCCGGUAGAUACCGAUCACGAUAUCGGUUUGGACGAAACUUGGAUGUGGUACGAUGACGACGAAGUACUGGGUGUUUUGCAAAUGGAAACGACCGAAGAAAUUUUUUAUAUAACGGUGCGCAAGGCAUUAUCACCGGCCGAGCACUCAAUGACUGUUGAGUAUGUGGAGUCUAAAGAGAAUAUACAGAAGGACGACGAGCUGGUAACACUAGGGCCCCAGUCUGUGUUAACGCCGAUACCAUCGCGCAUGGAUUUUUCGUUCAUCUCUCCGGAAACUUUGGUCAUCGAGCAGACCUUGAGAGUUUAUACGACAGUCGGUAGUCCAGUGAUGCGACUCAUGCGGGCGGCCGUUGCCUUGGAUGCAAAUGAUAAAGGACGAGAGACCCAGUAUGGUGUACGGGUGGAAAUUCGCCCCCACAGCUCGGCGGAUCGGGAAGCGAUCAAUUUGCCGGACGAAUUGGAAGGCAUGAUGCUGCAAGAAACGUUGACACUGCAAGUUUUCUUGGAUUGGUCGCAAUUGCGCAAGAAAUUGGCGGAAGACGGGUCUGAUUCGGUCAGCUUUACCGGACAAGCUGUGAUUAUGGGGACGACAUCGGAUCACGAUUAUACUACGUGGAACAAAAUGGUAAAAGAAAAUCCGCAAAUCGACUCCGAUUUGAAGUUGGAAGUUCCUCUCACCACGCAGGUCAGGUUAGGGAAGAUGGGUUUUCACAUUGAAACUUCGACCCAUCCGUUAUCGCCUUUGAUUUCAACCAAAGUGUGGGACGAAGAAGACGCCACCGAAACCUUGUCUAUGGCAUUCUUUCCAAAGUCGCCCGUUGAUUUUAGGCCGUUGCAGAACGAUGGGCUGCUCGAUAUGGAACAGCUCGUGCUUUUAGAUCAUUUGGAUCAUCGCUUGCGAGUCUUUUCGAAUGUUCCUCUGGUGCAAAUAUCACGGAUUGAUAUAGUGAUGUCGGAAUCUGCACCUCUUCAGAACAUGUCGGAAUCACUAUGUCAUCGAUUUGAAGUUUCCAUCCCUCGAAAAAUGAAGCACGUUCCUCCAUUAUCCGUCAACAAUGUAACGGAUUUAGGUCCGGUGCUUUUGCGAUAUCGCUUUCCAUCUGAAACAGACCGGAGCAAAUCUGUUCCCCUUUCAUUCAACGAAAUGCUGCCAACCUAUUGUCAACUCAGCGUCAUUACCGAACCCGACACCGGUCUCCACUUACUGCCCUUGAUCAUCUAUCCGGGCCAGCUAGACGUUUCCGCGAGUCCGUAUAGGUCAGAAAUCAUGGCUGACGGUUUAGAGGAACAUCCGGAGGACGACAACGCGAUCUGGAAUCGUGUAAUUGUUGGUUAUGAGCAAUUGUUAAACUGGUUUCAAAAUACAAAGGCCGGUCUCUCACUCCGCUCCGUUUUGGACGCGUCACUAGACAGUCGAAAGCAUCCAGAGCGCGAUGGAGUGCUGCUCGGAAGGUACCUUUAUCGCUUGGCUCAGAAAUCGGUCGAUCUGAAGAAUUCCAAAUUGCGUCCAAUGCUAAUAAAAGCAGGUGCAAUUCCUCAUGGCCAGGUGGAAACUUUGCCGUUGUAUUUGACAAACCAUAAUCCAGUUCCCAUAAAAAUCACGAUUGAUGUUAGGGAAGUUGAAGGAAUGAGUAUAACUCUGGGCCGCGAUGGAUGCUCGAGGCGGGGAGAUGGGAACAGUAUCGUGGACUUUUUUCCGCACAAGCCCAGAAGUCGAGUGAUUCGCGGGAAAAAGGUACCCGAGCCCCGACUUCGUGAUGGCCCUUUGGCAGGGCAACCGGUGAAUGCUCUCCGCCAAUUUCUUUUGUCUGACAGGGCAACGAAGCUGUUCUUCGAGCGGUUUCCCUACCGCGAUGCGGUCACGCUGAGCGACAUGGCCACUACAAAACAUUCGAUUCUUCGGGAACUUUUCAAGGCGACUGCCUCUGUCAACUUUCAUUCGACCGCAUCGUUCGAAUACAGCUUUAAGAAUACAACAAGUCGCUGCGAUGCUUCAGUGAACCCUCCUCUGUACGGGUCGUUUGUUAGCCGACUUCAAGGGCGAAGAAUGCCAGGACCGAUCAUAAUCUCGAACGAUGGGAGAACGUUACGUUGUCUUCCAGUAUGCUGGGAUAUGGCCAUGGAAACGGAGACUGUACGAGGGAGAGGAUCAGGGCCGGAACUUGUCCAACUCCCUCCUGGUGGAGUAGCUCGGUUCGACAUUAGGGUACGCUCGCCUCCCAGAAACGUCCUUGAAAGUGACAUUACUCAAUUUCUCGCGACGGGCUUGGUUCUUUCUACGGAUCACGGAGAGGUCCUGCCUAUCUUAGUUUCCUUUGCUGCUCUUCAAGGAACGCUAGAGGUAUCUCGCUUGUCCGUGCCGUCGACCAAUAACUCUGCCAUUUUGCACAGAGAAGGUGUCAUUCAAGUACCAAUUGGACUUUUUGCAAAACAGUCGACGGAUACCCCUUCACCAGUAAGAUUACUGUCAAGGGGGAAAAGAUCGUCACACCAUUUGGACAGUGAUUUUGUUAUGCCACAGGAAUCCCCAGCUGAUGAGAGGACCAUUCCACUUUUUAUGCGGUCGACAUUUAACCGCGAUCUCAAAGUAGUCGAGAUUUCAAGCUGCAAUCCGUGGUUCAAGGUGACGCUUGUCAACAAUACACAUGAAGAGAACGCAGACUCAUUCCUGGGUGUCAAUGUGGGCGCAAUCAGCAGUGUAGUUCCUUGCCAAAGAGCACUUAAUAUCGCGACAGGAGAGUUCCCCUCUUUCUUUCGCUGUGUGUUGAGUUGGCUUGACGAAUGGAGGCAGCUUCAACCGAGAGGCUGUGGUGUUCUAGCACUAGAUAGGACUGACACUGCUUCGAGGAGAAACGAGGGUCGGGAGCGCUUGGAAGAGGGUGGAGGUAUGAAGCGUGCUGUCCAAGCAUUUAAUCGCGCUCUCCAUGUGACCGAAUAUUUUCACAACGUUGGUGCACAUGAAGUUGUACCAACGAAUUUUUCUAAUGUUUACAAGAGUGGCAAGCGCUAUUCUGAUGGCCUCGUUUCAGAAGCGAUGAUUGAUGCAGUGAGCGGGGCUUGGAAUGCUUGGAAAGCUAUAUCAAAGUCCGGAGUGCGGUCGCUGAGUACAAGUCUGCGUGCGGUUGUUGAGUACAACACAAGUGAUUACGAGCUUUCACCACUAGAACUUGCUGCCAAAGGAGGGCGCCUCGGGAAAAAUCGGCUUGCUGUUGCGCUGCGAAAUUUGACAAUCGAAACAAUUCUAGAUGUACCGCGUCUUUUUGACGAAAGAAGAGCAGGGAAAUUUGGCAGGUAUGCGCCAUCUAGCAACGACGACGCUGCUGCUUCAAUUUUUGAAUUUCCACCCCUUUUGGUGGGGGAGGUUUCUUCCCUGCACUUGCCUUUAAAGAACCCCACGGGUGUCCCUGUUAGAGUUCGCUUAGCUGUUUUUGGCGAGAGAAAACGGCGAACUGAACCGCUGCUCGGAGACAUUGAUCGUGAGCUGUUUUACCAAACCCGUUCCUCGUAUAUUUCAGAUCAACCGUCCCCAUACGUUCAGACAGGUGUCGUCCUCUCGCAACAGGAGAAUACCACAGCUAAGAAUCCUUGGUGGGAAGCGAGUAGAGGGUUUUUCGCAGCAACCUUCUAUGGGCAUGUAAUUCACUCCUACCAAAAUUUGACCUUGCGGUCUGGACGAGGAGCGUACAUCAGUAUUCACAAUCCAGGACUCCUGGCAAGCUCGGCAUUUCUUGUCGGUUGUGGUUCACGGUGUGGCAUCAAAGGGGAUGUGCCUGCGCACGUCGCUCUAUUGUUAUCGAAAAGUCCUAUUGGAGCAUCUUCCGGGUUCGGGGAGCGCCUUUUAGGUCGGAAGCGUUUCCCACUUGUGGAGGCUAACCGUUCAAAUGAUGAAGAUGGUGAGUCCGUGUCGGAACAAGGCCUAUUACAACCGUUUGCGUUGUCCUUCUCGUCGUUGGAUGAGAUUGUGAUUCCGCCGUAUGGAGAGGCGGAGCUCGGACCGAUUUUCUUUCGUCCACCAAAUAAAGUGGAUCGCCUCAGUCGCGCUUUAGAAAAGAGUCUUGGACACCCCAACAAAGUCUUUGAAUCGAUGUUGUUUCUGGAAAAUUCACUUACUGGACUCGAACGAGUCCAGUUGCGCGGAGAAGCCCUGUGGGAAAAAAUUGCUUUUUUGGAUUUAACACCUGUGAAUAGCGUAGACGACUUUGGAGACCUCGAAAUGAGAUAUGGUCGAUCAACUUUGAUGUUCGAAGGAACUUCACGAAAAGCAACGGCUGCGCAGUCAAAUGUGAAAGGUUUUGUUAUACGAAACGAUGGGGAUACAGCCGCUUCAUUUGAAAACAUAUUCUUUUCCGAUGUUCACAGCCUACUCCGGGACGACCAGCAGUUCAAAGCGAAGUGCGGUCUAGCUAACUUUCGGCUCUUGGAAUGCGGGGAGCAAAAAGUGGAGUCUGAGAAUUUUAGACUCCUUCCGGGGGAAAACAAAACAUUUUACAUCGAGUAUCGUCCAACAUGCCGAAGGCAAAAGAACUACAUUGCAUUGAAUUUCAUGUACGACCGCCGGUCCGAAGGGCACUCUUCUAGUGAAGAACAGCAAAGUAUUCCUUCGAUUUCAGACACCUUACAACAUAGAAAUUACUUUCGUCCAUCUCGGGAAGUGGUUUUUCUCGGAUACGAAAUGUCGAAGAAGCAAUUUUCCAAUUGCAUGGUAUUUCGCUCAAACAUCUAUGGAGAGAAAGCGACAGACGUUGGCGAUCUGGUGACGGUCAAGGUGAACGGGAAUCUGCACUUAUACGGGAACGAAAACGGAAACAUACUAUUGCGGAUUGCUCUAUGUUUUGGGCGAUGGAUGACCAUCGCAGGGAUUAUAUCGACGACCAUUUUUCAAUGCGUCAGAAAGAUUAAGAAGAGAGAACAAAACGCUGGUCGAUUUUUUUACAUAAUAUCACGAAAGGGUUGCAAAGUCGAGAAAAGACUCGUUGAUGGAUCAAAUUGGUAUCCGGCAUUUCGGUGCCUGACACGUUCAGACCCAACGUCUAGCGAUCUGCAAGCGCUUGGACGAGAGCAGAUUCGGCACGUAGUUCUCGCCAGAUAUAGAUCAUCGGGAAUUUUGCUUCCUCAAUGCUUUAAUACCGCUGGUAUUUUUGAUCGUGAAAGGCAGAGCGAUAAUCCUCAGACCGAAAAGGUCAAAUUGAAUGCGGGCGGCGAAAGGAUGAGAACGUUGAGCGACGCAAUCUUCCGACGCUUCGAUAUCCACAGUACCUUCGGCUUAUUUCCGGUUGAGGUUGGAUGGCGUACCGCGCUCGCAAGGGGAAUAAUCGAUGCAUCAUCUUUCCCAUCACUCGCUAUCUUCUCUGUGAGGGAGCAGCUUCUUUUGCAACGUAGUCGAGGCUCUCCUUUGUCGUUGCAAGAUAAUGAUGACGACGAGAACGGCGUCGAAAACGCACAGAGUAGUGAAGACGACUCCAGUGCUCUGGAAUCGUUUCACGUGUCGAAUGGAGAUUCCACGGACUUUGGUAAAGACACUGGCUCGGUGGAUCUCAAUCUUCCAAGCGAUUUCCGUCGAAGCCCAAUUGUUUUUAAAACCGUCAGCUCCAGGGCGAACCAGAUUCCGCCUCAGUCCGACCGAAGCAUAGCCUCUUCCAUUGAUGGGAAUUUUACCGAUAACGAAGCUCACAGCUUCGACAAAACCAACACAGAAAGGCGCGAAAACGAUAGCAAGGGCUCUGUCCGUAAGGAUUACAGGAUACCGAACGACAGCGUUGUCUGUCCAGACCAAAUGAAGUCUAUGUCACAGCCCAAUGAGGUGCAAGAGAAACGCACCUCCAACUCAGGACGAAGCAGCAAAGAUGGACAGAGAAUAAAUGCCGCUCAAAUUGGCAUAUCGAGUGUUACACCCGAAGAGAAUGCAUUCCAUUCCAAAGAAUGUCAUCAUCAACAAAAGGCCACACUACCACCGGAGCUCACUCAGGGCAGAAAGCCGGAACGGCUUUUGACCCAUGAAUACCCGAAUGUCCACCCGUCAGCAGGUUCCCCGUCUGGAGUGGGUAAGACAGGGAAAGUAGUGUUCCGACAGCCUGCUAAGCUUGAUCCUCCACCAGGAUUCGAAGCAAAUCAAACUCUUCAUUCCUAUGAUGUGUCAUCAGCUACUGCGAGCGAAUCGCCACAAUCUUCCAGGUCUACGAAUCAUGCACCAGUGAGAGUUCCAAGGGAGCAUUCGCAGCAUGAGAGCUCUGACACUAUCAUAGGAAGUUUAUUGGAAGAAUCUUCCGCGUCCGCUAACCACUUUCGGCGCAAUGGCAAGUCUGUCAGCUCCUUUAAUUUAAAUGAUCACAAUGCGUUGGCAACUGCUCAAAGCCGUCGCGAACCACUUUACUCUUUGAGCGAAAAGCCUGAGACAGGCGGUUUCGAUGUGAUGGACUUUUUGGACGGUAUUUUGAGUGAACGAGAUCAACAAGAAGAGCUAGAUGUUCAGCAGACCCUUUUGGACCCCUUAUCAUCUGUUGGAAUGAAAAUUGCUCCUGUUUUAUCGAAUCCAUGGGCUGCUGGUGACAACCACCGGUCCCGAGCAGCUGCAUACGGGAUCGCGUUCGACGACGAAAACGAAAAGUCAAAUGAGUAUGACAGCUCUGCAAAUUUUCCUCUUUUGACCCCUGCAAUGCUCGCUCAAGAAAUGGAGGAAGAAAGCGUCGACCCUCGUGUUUCCUUCUACGCAAACUUGCUCGGGGAGUGAGUCUAUUUACUUGAAAACCGGAACACACUGCGCCCGCAUUGUUGCUAAAUCUAAGCUUAACAGUAAAGUGCUAUAGUUAAGGGGACGCAUACGCGU